AUGGCGACGAAGAAGACGAUCAUGCUGGGGUCGCUCCACGAAUUCAGCGAGCUGGCAUCAAAGGAGCUGAUCCAAAACGACAAAGAUGCUCGCCAUGACGCUGAGGCUGCGGCAUUCUUUUACUUUGAUGCACCCAAUCAGGUAUUCUGCGCAGAGAUCAACAGUGAGGAUCAAGGCACAAUGCCACAAUUUCUGAGCCGUAUGGCUGGAUACAUCGAGUACCACCAAUCUUUCCAGCCCGGCUUUGACGACGAGCCUCGGAUUCGUCCUGUGGAAGGCACGGUAAUGACAGACAUCAUCCCGGAGGCAUACGACGAAGAGGGCGCCGAGAAAAACAUUUUGCUACAGUAUCAGUCCGAUGAGGAAUCCGACGACCAGGACGCACUGGACGGCUUGGUUCAUCUGACCACUUAUUGGCAGCCUGCGAAGGGGAACAUCGGCAUACUUCCACCCAUGUACGCAAAAGACAUCACCCGAGUGACAGGCUCAUCUCUCUUUGCGGAAGAAGCAGAAAAGCGAUAUCGAAUCUUCCAAGGAGACUUCAAUUUGGCUCGUGAAAAGCUUUUGAGGCUUGAGCCAUUACUUGAAAUCUUCGAGAAACAGUCUGGCAAUCAGUCUUUCCCAGCGGUCGGAAACCUCCUCGUUUGGCCGCCGAACCACCCAGAUUCCAGGAUAGAGUUUGUGACCAUGAACUCGGACCACCCUGGCUACCAACGUGUAGUCGUCAACAGAAUGGAACACAACCUCUCGAGGAAAGUCAUUGGGGAACUUCGUCUCUGGAACUCAAAGACGCAGGAAUUCUAUACACCUCGAAAUCUCCAAAAAGAAGCCAACAAGCCAACACCCACAUUACAGGCCUCGAGGCUCUGGGAUAGAGAAGUCUAUACAAGCUUUGGAGAUCCGAGGAAUAUGGACCCAAUCAUCACCUCCAAUCCGGACUCGGCAGACUCUGGUGACUCUGUUCCGCCUCAGGAACGCCCUGAUCCUAGAAUUGCGGCCUGGACGACCAAUGUUGUGCCAUCAGCGAAUCCGGACAUCGCCCCAGAGGCACCAAUGGACUCUGUUCCGCCGACACGCCGUAGAGUCGCCAUAGAGUCUGAUAGCGAGGAUGAAGGGCCAUCUAUCCCUACGUCUAAACCUGUCCACUCUCCCACCAAAGAGGUCACAGACACCCGGUCCCGUCUGCAGACAGAGGGUGAAGAUCUGAUGGACGCCGAAAGUCGAGGGGCUCAAAACUCGGAAUCUCUUCUGCCACCCCUGCCAGCUAGCAACGCAAACGAAAGCACUCUGAUCGAUGUAUCGGAAGGGUCCAACACGGACCGCGCUGAACAAGGAUCCCAUGCACAAAACCGAACUCUAGAUCUUCUUGACGCAGCAUCUGAAGUCAAUGUCAUUGCAGCAACGGUUCAACUUGGACCUCUGCACCAAAAGAAUCACGACGACCCAAAUUUAUCAGAAGGGCUGGCAUACAAUCCGCCGUCUCAGUCCGAUGCUGGUCUCAGUAGCGCAGCCACAUCCUAUCGUCAAGCAGAAGAGCCAAUCGAGGCCGAAGAGAUUUCAUCCUCGGCUACAGAUAUUGCAUCUCUCGUUCCAGAGGCCCCGAGUACGUCGCCACAUACAAGACCUCUCCAUUCUGGUGAAUACGGGCAGGGAUUUCCAACACGGUCGUUCCGGGGCCAAAGAGGUCCUCAUGGCUACCGAGGGCCGACCAACACCCGCUAUCGUGGAGACAGUCGUCGCGGGACGGGUCAAGCCCACGAUUACAUUGACAGUCAACGCGUGGCGCAGCCAGAGGGAUUUCGAUCUGGGGAAUCUGCAGGCGAAUUUGAUCAGCGAGGAUAUGGAAGGCCACGUGCCAGAUACUUGUUUGAUAGAGCAACAAGAGGCCGAGGACUUCGUGGGCCGCGAGCGCGAACUACUUACGGCACUCUUGUCGACCUGGGGCCUCCUGCAACCAGUGGAAGGACUUCUACUGCGCCACCAGGGUUGGAUUGCAAUGUGCCGCUUCUGCCUGCGCAAGCCACCAAUACUAAUUUCAACCAGGAAAACAAUCUCGGGGAGCCGGUUCCACCAAGAAUUUCACCGUCCGAGCUGCAUGCUCGCUCCAGCGUGACAUCUCGAUCGUCGGCGUCGGGAUUGUCUCGACUGAAAUUCAGCGAAGCGGGAUCCGAUUACGUUACAAGAUUCAUUCCGACAUUCGACCAAUCUGCUGCCAGAGAAAAGAGCAUACGGCAGGUGCAGGAGGCGAUAGCAGCGAUGAAUAAGAAGGCAGAGGAAGAGUCGCCCAGAUUCCAUUCUACAAUGCGACAGCAGGGCAAGAAUCCUGGAAAGACGUCUGCUAAGCAAGAAACAGAGGCACAGAAGAAGGCACGCAUAGCUGCGGCAUUGGCAGACGCAUAUCCAACCUCAAAAAAUGUUCCACCAAGGUCACAGACAGCCUCUCCCAAGCCAGACGAGAUGAGCAAGUGGAAACGACAGCAACUAAAAAAGCAGUCAGCCAUAUCUGGAGCAUAUUCAGGGACUAUCGCAAAUGACCUUCGAGCGGUACAGACGACAAAGCUCAUCUCUCUUUUGGAGCCAGCAUUUGAGACUGGCAGAGCUUUUAGCGGUAAAUUGACGUUUGAGCUACAAUUUGGCCAAGUUCUUAUCACACCGGGGCAGCCGUUGCGCGACCGAACCCAGCAUACUGUUGACGACUGGAGCUCAUACUUUGACUGUCGUCCCGGAUCAGCUCAUACGUCUUCCAGUUUCACCAAGAUCCUGACAUCCAACGGUGCUGACAUUGACCGAGUUCUUCAGUUGAAGGGUAGCAUUGGGAAUGGCACUGGCAGGCUUUGGAACCCUAACCCUGGUCCGCAGUCGGUCAGCUACGAGUUCCAUUGCCAAAGUCGUUUCAACGAGGAUUUCCAGAUCGUCAUAAACCAAUCUGGAAAGUACGAGUUGCGAAAAGGUCUAGUCACGGUCGGCGAUGUCAACAUACAUGUCCCAGCUCAGGUAUGGGAUCUCUCUGCCACACUGACAGGUCCUUUGAACUGGCCGGACCCUUCGGAGACUGUCGCUCAGAGUAUCAGUGCGUUUGUCGAAUCUCUCCACGUCUUGCCCCGGCGCAAUAAACUGCUCCUGGUAUUUCGACAGCCCAACGACCAUGAAAUCCAGGUUCGCAACCUCAUUGUAAAGCGGGAGAGUUACCACAGCACCAAUCGUCCGGAUGUACGGGAUAUCCUGCUCAAGGUGACAGAGGCAAAGAAUCUUCAAUUUCGAGUGCACCCAGAGGAUAAGAGACUCUGGCAAGGCUACGAAGGCUUCGAAACCGCUUACAAAGACUUUGCAGACGGCGGUCACAUCCACUAUGAAAUGUCUCUUGUUCAUACUGGAAUCAAUGGCGCGCUCGAGCAGAAUGAGGCCCUAGAGAUUGGGGAGCUUACUGACGCGAAGAAUACCGGAAAAUCGCUCCUUGAUCACUCUGCCAUGCGUUCCAUGCUCGACACUGGCGUUCAGACGGUCUGCAAGAUGGAUUUCGUCGGGGUGCGAAACUAUGGCACACAACAACGCCUAGCAGACAAGGCCCAGAAAGAUUUUGAGCAGCUCGAAGCAGUCCUCGGCCCUAAAGCACAGACCAUACUGAAGCUUCCCACCGUGGCUCGAGAUCCUUCUCAAGCCCUCAGUCGACCUUCGUUGCUUAAGAACAACAGCGGCACUGGCGGUGGAGGAUCGGUUGUGCCACAAUACGUCCCCGGCGUCCGCAUGAACACCGAGGCCCAGGUUAUGAUUGAUGAGACGGGCCGGCGCUACCGGCUGGGCCUGGGUGGUGCGAAGAUCCCUCUCGUUGACGACGAAAACCUCUCUGGCUCUGGCGAGUCGGUCAUACCCGAUGAUAGCGCAAGUCAAGCCGGUGCACCGAGAGCACUACAAUCCACGCCAAAAGGGUACAAGUCAACGGAGCGACAAGCGGGCUUUUGGUGA